CUUGAUGCGCACAACUCAUGGCUACAGUCGGGGCUAUCAUUCGGCAUAAUUAUUUAAACCCGGACUGGCCGAAUCAAGUGUCCCCUCGUCGUUAGGCUAUUAGAAUCAACAGUGAUGAAAAUGUGCAUGUUAUUUAGGCGCGUUACCACAGAUGCGCAUUGAGCUCGCACGAGUUGUUCCAGCGCCCGAGAGUCAGGAAAAAAGAUGGGAAACAUCGCACACAACGGCAUGGAGUACCGUGUGGGAGCACUUGUGCUAUACGCUAUAUCUCUCGCAACUGCCUCCUUCAAGGUCCAGGUCCCAUCAGAACCUUUGGUGGCAGUUAGAGGCAGCUAUGCCGUCCUCAGUUGCUCCUUUCCACCCGUGGCCCAACAAGGAAUUCCUCCAGGAUUGCUGGUCACUUGGCAGCGGAGUGACGAUUCAAGAGUGGUACACAGUUUUUAUUAUGGCCGGAACCAACUGAGUCGGCAGAGCGUCGACUUCCAGAAUCGGACCAGACUCUAUGUGUCCGAACUGUGGACAGGGAACGCCUCUCUGAGAAUCACAGAUGUCCGAGCGCAGGAUGCAGGACAGUACCUUUGCACAGUUAGUGAUGACAGGGGGACCGAUAAAGCAGAGGUGAAGGUGGAGUAUGCAGCAUUCUAUUCUGAACCCCAGCUGAGUAUUGAAGUGGGCCUCCACAACUCAAGUGUCCAUUUUGAAACUGAGGGCUUCCCUAAAGCAGAGGUCCAGUGGUUGGGGUCACAGGAACAGGAGCUUGAACAUCAGUCAGAGUUCAAAUAUGGAGAUGGUCUCUUCUAUCUCACAUCUUCUUAUGUGGUUCAGAACCAUGAUCGAACAAAUAUCAGCUUGCGAUUGUCAAAUCAACUUUUGGAUCAAGUACUGGUGAGGCGAAUCCAUUUCAGUCAGGCACAUGGCUCCGCUGACACCUGGAAGGACGGCGCUAUCGUUCUCUCAUGCAUUUGUGUUAUCCUUUCCCUUGUGUGUGCUGCCUUGCUAUUUCACAUUUAUAAAAAGUACACAAAACGUGGACUAUAGAGGCUCUCCGUAGCAUACCUCUGACAAAGCCCAACAGGCCCCUUUAUUUCAAUGUCAUUCCCAUAAAUAUGCCAGAUGUUUUACAUUUUUUUCCAUUGUAGCCUACCAGAUUUUCAUCCAUGUCCAUUUCUUGGUUGGUUUAUCUGUUAGUUUGUGCUGCAAAAACUACAGAAUGUAUUUCCUUGAAAGUUGGUAGAGGGUGGGGAAUGUUUUUUUAUGAAGAUUUUUGUAUUAUUCCCUAGGAAAAUAGCAAAAAUGUAGACUGCCUCUUUACUAUUCCCUUUAUGUCCUUAAAAUGGUUGAACUGUUAGGCCUACCUCUGUACCAUUGCAUGCAGUUGUUUUCGCACAAUUCCUCUAAGAAACCACCUGAACCAAACGACCAAACAGAUCAAUGACCAAAUCAAAACUCAGGUUAUGUGCAGGGCCAAAUGACACAUCAUGUACCCGUGCACUGCACCUGUUUCACACGGGUAGAGAAGGACUGAUAACAGAAAGCCCCCAGAGCAGUCACGCUGUAUCAUUACUCAUCAGCCCACUCCUUGUCUCCAUGAAGCGUGAUGAAUGUUUUUGAAGGCUUUUGAACAACUGGUGUUUUAGUCACUGCUUGGAUUCAUCAGAUUUCACAAGUUUUUAUGCGUGUGCGAUUACAGUGCUGCACAAGUGCACAUGGUAUUUCCCCUUUGUCCAUGUCUAUGCACAUGAAUAAGGAUAUGAAAUCAAGACUGUUAAGAGGUAUAUUGCCGUUUGUAAUAUACACUUUCAAGGGGCAAUUGAAACUAUGACUCAAGGAGUAUAAAAUUCUGUCCCACGGUUCAGGAGAUUAACUGAUUAUCUUCUCUGGCUCGGAUGCCUUUCACACCAGACCAAAUUCAAAGUCCAAAGUCUCAAAUCCCAGAAGGGAUAGUCAUUGUUUUGUGUUGAACAUUUAAAGUUUAAACUGUAAUUACAUAUACAGAUUUUUUUUUUCAAAAGGUUGACAUUUCUGUAUUAUAACCUCUCCAUUCUAAUGUUUUGGAAUACAGAUUGUUUUUUCCAUGAGCUGUAAGCUGUAAUAUAUGAAAGAUUCGUUAAGUCAUGUAUUUUCCAGGACUUUUCCAGAAUAUUCAUUUUUUUAUAUGCACCAUCCAUAUAUAAAUUGAUAGAGUUUGGUGGAAAAGAGUGUUUAAAAAGUUUACAUUAAAAAUAAAGAACAUUAAAUACUGAUCAGUUUACAAGUCAAAUAAAA